GUUCAUGAUGUUAUGUCACCAGCUAGUACUUGGCUUUAGACUAUCACUAGCUAGUGGGGUGUCUGCAUUCAGAAUAUGCUACUCAAAAGCUCAAGUUUCUCUAUAUUAUGACUGCAAACUCACAGAUAUUCCACUUGUGCUGAAGGCUACUGUGAAGCUUUUGCUAACUUUCAGCUGCAUCAGACAAGUGACUGCAACUUCAUUUCCACUGCUGAAGCACUUGUUGCUGUUGGAAAUUGGAACUCAGUAUGUCUAUCCUGUUACCAUAGGAAAAGGAGCUUCCAGGAACCUGCCAAACCUUCGUGUCUUAGGCUUGGGAUACAAUAAGAUUCUUCAUCUGGAUUUUGAUGCUUUUGUGGGCUUGCCAAGACUGACUGUACUCUGUCUGUUUAAUAACUACCUUGGAGAUUCCAUCCUGGAGGAUCGUUACUUUCAAGAUUUGAGAUCAUUAGAAGAAUUGGAACUUUCAGGGAAUGAAGCCACAAAAUUUCAGCCUCAUCCCUUGUUUUAUAAUCUAACAGCCUUGAAAACUGUGAACCUGAAAUUCAACAAGAUAUCCAACCUCUUUCUUGCAGUGGGUUCAGGAUUUGACUUGUGUAACUUAAAAAAUCCAGGUAAUAACACUUUUGCAGGACUAGCAAGAAGUGAUCUUAGUUUCUUAGGUAUUUCAAAUGGUUGCAUUUUCUCUCUCAAUAAUUUAAUCUUUCAAAGCCUUGGUAAUCUGGAAUUGCUGAACCUUUUCAGAAACAAGAUAAAUCAAACCCGAAGGCAAGCAUUUUUUGGCUUGGGCAACCAAAUCCUCAAUCUCUCAAGCAAUCUUUUAGGUGAGUUGUAUGAUUAUACUUUUGAAGGUCUACCUAGUGUAACCUUUAUUGAUUUGCAGUAA